CUAUAAGCACCGAGCCAGGUACCCACAUUCUUCAGCCCUUAACCUGUGGAACUGCCUGAUCCUUGCUCUCUGAGCUCUGGUAUGUUCAGGUCCAGUUAACUGAGGAAUAGCCGUGCCACCCAUGCUGGGUGUUCCCUGGGCCCAGCAUAAGGGGAAAGGGAUAGAGGGAGCAAAUUGCAGGUCAGGGAACACCAAGGGUUUCCCUAGAAGGCCAGCCCCACCCAACUAUUGCCCAGGUGCAAGAGCUGGGCACUGCAAGGCAACUUUGGGUAUUGGCCAGAGUUCCCCAUCUGGAAAACGUGGGUUUAAAUGAACACAGACAUUCCUUGAUCCAUGGGUCAGGGGCUAAGGUGAGUGAUAAGGUAAAGGGUUAUUGAAGGGGUUGGGGUGGUAGCAAUUGAGUCUGUGGUGGAAGAGCCUGGGUCAGGAACAGUUCGGCUCCUAGGCUAGCUGUUGGACAACAACUAUUUUAGAUGAAAGGACUGAGGUUGGAGAGGUUCAAAGGCUUGUCUGGGGCUGCACAGUAGUGCUGCCCAGACCCAGAGGCCUAAGGAAGAAAGCAAGGGAAAACCUGGAGAACAAAAUCCAGGCAGAUGGGAGCUAGAAUUCUGGUUUGGCCACUUAACUAGGCUUGGAGACAUGAAGUGCCACAUCCAAGGACACAUAUAGAGGAGUCUCUUUAUCUCACUGUCUUCAUCUGUAAAAUGGGACUAGUGAUAAUUUCUCCUUUAUCUACUUCCUGGAUUACUGUGAUGGUUAAAGGCAACUCCAUGCCCUUCUAUAGGAUCAGGUGAGAAUGUGGCUGCUGCUGAUUAUCUCUCAGUCCAAAGCCGAGUGUGUGUUUGGGAUGGGGGGGCACUUCUGACUGCCCCUUGUUGAGAUGCUUGGCCAUGGGGCUGUGCUGGAGAACAGCCCUAGGAAUAACUCCACCAUCUACUGAAUAGUUACCAUGUACCAGGCAUUGUGUUCAACUUCAUCUCAUUGUUCCAUUAAUCCCUACAGCAACUCUGGCAAGUAGGUGGUGGCCUCACCCAUGCAAGGUCCCUAGAACUCAUGCCUAGAGCCCCCUGUAAUAAUAGUAGCUAACACAGUUCCCUGUGUGCCAAGCAUUGUUCUACAUGUUUUACCUAUAUUAAUUCAUGUAAUCCUCAUGCCAACCCUGUGGGUUGGAUACUAAUACUGUCCCCAUUUUACAGAGAGAUAAAUGAGACAUAAAGAAGUUUAAAAAUGGUCCCAAUGUCAUAAACGGUAGAGCUGUAAAUGGUAGCGUCUGGAUCUGCCCAAGUUCUUAAGUCUCCUUGAAGCACUCAUCACAGUUGUAAUUCAGUAAUUAUUUAUUUACACAAUUGCCUCUUCACUGCACUGUAGGCUCCAUUAGGUCAGGGAACACAUCUGUCUUUUUCAAUUUGUAUCCCCAACCCCUGGCACGCAAUAGCUGCUUAGUUAAUGUUUGUCCCAUAGGGACCCUGCUGCCUCUAUUGGAGGAGGGGCACUGAGAGUCCUGAUGAGCUCAGGGUGGAUUAUCAGAUUGUAACUGACUAGGAGGGUGCUUGUCCCAGAGGCAAAGGAGGGGUAGGAGUCCCUGCUGACCCAGGCCCUGGCUGAAGAGGGGGCCCUAAGGAGCUUGUUUGUUGGUUGUGCUCUGUGUCUCACUGCUAUCCUUUGCUUUCAUGUGCUUCCGCGGCGAUGGCUCCAUGGCCUCUUCCUGACCUGCUACCUGACCCCAACGGCUGUUCUUGGCAAAAUCAUGACAACAGAGAAGAGUUUAGCGGCUGAGGCUGAAAAUUCACAGCACCAGCAACAGAAGGAAGAGGGUGAGGGAGCCACAAACUCAGGCCAACAAGAAUCUCAGCUGGAGGAGGCUUCUAAAACAGCAGCUGAAGGAGAUAAUCAAUAUGACCAGAAGCUGAAAACGUCUAAUGGGGACACUCCUACCCAUGAAGACUUGACCAAGAACAAAGAGCGGACAUCAGAAAGCAGGGGCCUAUCACGACUGUUCUCUUCCUUUCUCAAAAGGCCCAAAUCUCAGGUGUCUGAGGAAGAAGGCAAAGAAAUAGAGUCAGAUAAAGAAAAAGGGGAAGGAGGUCAGAAAGAGACAGAUUUUGGAACUGGUUUUAAUGAAGAGAUCAUUUUAAAGGCCCCAAUUGCAGCUCCUGAACCUGAACUCAAAACAGACCCAUCUUUGGAUCUUCAUUCAUUAAGCAGUGCAGAAACACAGCCUGCUCAGGAAGAACACAGAGAAGACCCAGAUUUUGAAACUAAGGAGGAAGGACUUGAAGAGUGCUCCAAAGUAGAAGUAAAAGAAGAAAGUCCUGAAUCAAAAGCAGAAAGGGAAUUAAAAUCUUCGCAGAAAUCAGUCAGAAGACACAGAAACAUGCACUGCAAGGUUUCUUUGUUGGAUGACACAGUUUAUGAAUGUGUCGUGGAGAAACAUGCUAAAGGACAAGAUUUGCUUAAACGAGUAUGUGAACACCUCAAUCUUUUGGAAGAAGACUAUUUUGGUCUAGCCAUUUGGGAUAAUACAACCUCUAAGACAUGGCUGGAUUCUGCCAAAGAAAUAAAAAAGCAGGUUCGUGGUGUCCCUUGGAAUUUUACAUUUAAUGUAAAGUUUUAUCCACCGGACCCAGCACAGUUGACAGAAGACAUAACAAGAUAUUAUUUGUGUCUCCAGCUUCGGCAGGACAUAGUUACAGGACGUCUGCCCUGCUCAUUUGCUACCCUAGCGUUGUUAGGUUCUUACACCAUCCAGUCUGAGCUGGGAGACUACGACCCAGAACUCCAUGGCGUGGAUUAUGUCAGUGAUUUUAAACUGGCCCCAAAUCAGACCAAGGAACUUGAAGAAAAGGUCAUGGAACUGCAUAAGUCAUACAGGUCCAUGACUCCAGCUCAAGCUGACUUGGAAUUUCUUGAGAAUGCCAAAAAGUUGUCUAUGUAUGGAGUUGAUCUUCAUAAAGCAAAGGACUUGGAGGGGGUGGAUAUCAUCCUUGGUGUCUGCUCUAGUGGCCUUCUGGUUUACAAAGAUAAGCUGAGAAUUAACCGCUUUCCUUGGCCUAAAGUACUGAAGAUUUCUUACAAACGUAGCAGUUUUUUCAUCAAGAUUCGGCCUGGAGAGCAAGAACAGUAUGAAAGUACCAUUGGAUUCAAACUUCCCAGUUACCGAGCAGCUAAGAAAUUAUGGAAAGUCUGUGUAGAACAUCACACAUUUUUCAGACUGACAUCUACAGACACCAUUCCCAAAAGCAAAUUUCUUGCUCUGGGAUCCAAAUUUCGAUACAGUGGCCGGACCCAAGCUCAGACUAGACAAGCUAGUGCUCUCAUUGACAGGCCUGCCCCACACUUUGAGCGUACAGCAAGCAAAAGGGCAUCUCGGAGCCUUGAUGGAGCAGCUGUUGAUUCAGCAGACCGGAGUCCUCGGCCAACCUCUGCACCAGCCAUUGCUCAGGGUCAGGUCACAGAAGGCAGUGUCCCGGGGGCACCCAUCAAAAAGGCGGUGGUCCCUAAAGCACAGAAGGAAACAGUGAAGGCUGAAGUGAAAAAGGAAGAAGAACCACUUGAACAAGCUGAGCCAGAACCCACAGAAGCCUGGAAGGUGGAAAAAACCCACAUCGAGGUCACAGUCCCCACCUCAAAUGGUGACCAAACACAGAAGCUUGCAGGAAAAGCUGAAGAUCUGAUAAGAAUGAGGAAGAAAAAGAGAGAAAGACUAGAUGGUGAAAACAUUUAUAUCAGACAUAGCAAUUUAAUGUUGGAGGAUUUAGACAAGAGUCAAGAAGAGAUCAAAAAGCAUCACGCCAGCAUCAGUGAGCUGAAAAAGAACUUCAUGGAGUCUGUACCAGAACCACGGCCUAGCGAAUGGGAUAAACGUUUAUCCACUCACUCUCCCUUCCGAACUCUUAACAUCAAUGGGCAAAUCCCCACAGGAGAAGGAGUGAAGAAAACCUCUGUCCUUCCUUCGGAAAGAAAGGUUGGUGGGCCAGAGAGGAUAAAUGGCUUUCGCACAGAGGAGGUGGCUGUCGUGACAAAAGGGCCAUCUACUAACUCAGACUCUGAAUGGGAGGGCCUCAAGCAAUCAGUAGUUCCUAGUAAGAGCCAGAUGCCCACCCCGUCGGAGUCUCCACAAAGCUUUGCCUUGGGCUCCCUCUCCAUAAGCAGCAAGGAGACAGAAGAGAAGGAACAGGGGGCAGCUGGCUAUCUUGAUAUUGAGGAGCUGCCAAGAGGCCCAAAUGGGGAAUGUGUAGGAGUGGAGGAGCAGGCCAGUGCCUUAAAGUUCUCAGUAGCACCAGCUUCCGGUCAGCUGCAACUUGGUGAAAAAAUGUCAGAGAAUAGUGAAGAACCAGGAGAACUACUUGGAAUCCAAAAUGGAUCAUUUCUUGACUCUCGUGUGGGUAACCAGUUCCCCACCCUCAUUCGAAGUUUCCAGCCUCCGCUGGUGAAGACUCAAACUGUCACCAUCUCAGAUACUGCCAAUGCUGGGAAAAGUGAAAUCCCAACCAAAGACGUUCCUAUCGUCCACACUGAGACCAAGACCAUCACUUAUGAGGCUGCCCAGACUGACGACAACAGUGGGGACUUGGACCCAGGAGUUUUGCUGACAGCUCAGACCAUCACAUCGGAGACCACAAGCAGCACCACCACAACUCAGAUCACCAAGACUGUAAAAGGUGGGAUUUCAGAGACACGGAUUGAGAAAAGAAUUGUGAUCACAGGAGAUGCGGAUAUUGACCAUGAUCAGGUCCUUGUACAAGCCAUCAAGGAGGCAAAGGAGCAGCACCCAGACAUGUCAGUGACCAAGGUGGUCGUUCAUCAGGAAACUGAGAUUGCUGAGGACUGAGCUCAGGAAUUAUCUUACUCCCAACUCCCUGCCCUUCUCUCAUCCAAAAGAAACCAGCGAAAUGAUAAAGAAGUUAACCUGCAAUAGACUUCAGACUUUCAAGAUUAUUCUAAACCACCAGAAAAUUAAUUUCAUUUUCUAUUUGGAGUUUAUACCAAGAGAUUCUUCUAGAUAUCACUGAUCCUUUUGAAGACCUUUUUCUAUAUUGUGGUAUCAGAAAUUCUUCAACUUUUCACUCUAUGGAUUGUUUUGAAAGAGUGGUUUUUUACAGGGUGGUUUGUGACCCCUUCCGCCUACCCUCUGCCAUUUCCAACGCCAGUACUGACAGAGUCCAUAAGAUUCUUCAGGAAAUCCUCUCAAGACUCUGUCAGCUGUGUUGGAGGCCAAAGCCAGCUCAAUGGAACUUCUGUGCUCCUCCCCUAGUUUUACACCCUUUGGAUGACAGCAGAAACUUUAUGAACCAUUUGUUUCUCAGAGCCAAUGAUGUAACUUUACCAGAAUGUCAGAUAGGGCGACUGCCCUGACCCACAGACCCCAGAAAAAUGUCCCUGUCCCCCUCUGAGGGUGGUUUUGGUAAGGCCGAGACCUCUGCUAAGAAUGUAAUAUCAUUUUUCCUUCCUCCCUCCUGUUCUUUCUUUUUGGAGCUUCUUUGGGUCAAAGACAUAGGUUGCUUUAGUUAUAUCUGAUACUGUGAAUGUUUCAUAUCCGUGGCCUUCACCUCUCCAUCUGCCCUUUUACCUCAUCAGAAGCAGCAGCUCUAUCUACUAAGUGCUCCCCCCAGCUCCCAUCUCAGGAGAUCAAAACUCACGGGAAAGUAGGCACUGUUGGCCGAAAGCUCUAAUGGAACAUCUUUAGUGGUGAUUUGGAGAAGGAAAGUUAAUGAGGUUUUUAAAACAAGGUUUUCUAGUUCCGGAAGUGUGUACUUCACACAGGGGAGUGGUGGAGUUACCUCGAUGGGAUCCUAAGUAUUUCCAGCUGAUCGUCCCUGGGCUUUCUUUCAUCCCGAAUGAUAAGAAAUGUGGCUCUGUUGUGUUUUUUGACCUUUCUUCUUGCAGCUGGCACCUGCUGAGGACAGCCUUGUGGAACAAGGCAAUUGGCAUUUAGCAGCAUCCUCCCCACAAGAUACCACACAAGGGGCGUGAGCCCCAGCACCAUUCCCCAUUCGCCAUCUGAAGUCCGUCAGGUUUUGUAUAGGCUUGAAUUUGUGGUGGGUUUUGGACUCAGUUUCUCUUCUUUUUUUUUCGUCUUUUUUUUUCCCUUUGGUUUGGUUUUGAAAAUAAGGACUGAUAUCCCUGAUUCCUCCUAAGGAUUUGGGGCAUUUUUAUUCAAUAGGGCUUCUCUGAUCCAGCUUGUUUCCCACAAAUAGAUCUGCCUGGCGGCUUCUGAGAAUCCUAAUUCUAGGCUAGAAGUGAAUUUCAUGAGACAGACAGUGGGUCAUGGACAGUGGUCCCUGGGGGCUCAAGUGCAGUGAACAAGAGAGAAAUCUAAACCUCUAUCCUGGCUGGACACGAUGGCUCACUCCUGUAAUUGCAGCACUCUGAGAGGCUGAGGCAGAUGGAUCGCCUGAGCUCAGGAGUUUGAGACCAGC